AUAAGGUAAAAUGGUUUGGUGAUUUCUCCAAGAAUGCAUUCUGCCAUUUUUCUUUGCUAUUUAGCAGUACUUUCAUCCCCUCAUAUUCCUUUAGGCAGACUUGUACUUAUGGAAGAGACACUUUAUAACAGUACUGACCAAGUUCGGAACCAAAUGUGAAGCAAGAAUUUCUUUAGUUUUGAAGAGUACAAAUAAGCUGAAAAAGAGCAAAGCUUUGAUUAAGCCUAAUUGAGGCAAUUUUGAGAAUGAUACACCCUUACCACCAAGAUUUUCAGGAGGUGUUCAUGAAGUCAUUAUCACAAAAUCAAAUUCUCAGACUCGUAACCACAACUCAGUGAUUCCUUCUUUGAAACAAAAAGCCCAACUAAAGGAUAGGCAAAACAGGACAACUGUGAAACCGUUGAAAGCUAUUGAUCUCAGCCAGAAUCAAGUUAUUAUUGGAGGACCAAGGAUAAUUAUUGGGGGUAUGGAAAGAGAAAGAGUUAAAUAAAACAGGAGAUUUUAAGAGGAAAUUGAGAGUGAAAAAUGUUAUUAGAAGAGGCAGGCACCAGGAAAAUAGGAAAGUGUCGCCUGAGAUGAUGAAAUUUAUGAAUAAAAAUAAGUUCUUACUGGCUGAAAGAUGCAAUAGAUUCAACACCAAGAGACCUUUGCAAUGUCUUCAAGAUUUGUAGUAAGCUUUAAAUUAGUAUAUCUCAAGCCUAAUUCUCUCUGAGAUUAUAGACAUUUAAGUUUAUCUGAAUAGCCCAACUCGCUUGUUGACUUUCCAAAUUAGAUCUUAUUCUCAAAUGCUCCAUUAAUUCUUCAGACAGCCUAUAAUUUACCAAAAUUUGUCUAUUUUGGAAUACUAGGAUUUAUUUUACAGCUAUCAGAUAUCCAUGCUAAAUGAAAAUCUCCUAAAUUCUGUUUUCACUAACUUUCCCUCUUCACAAUAAAUAGAAAAUUUAAAGAUGAAAAAUAUGCGAGAAAAGGACCUUUAUUCAUCCAGAAGCAAUUUCCAAAGAGGACAUCAAAGGAGGAGACAAACCCACAAGAGGAAAGUCAGAAUCCUCGGAAAUAACAUGUCGCCAAUUUAUUACAGAAAUAAGCUGAAUAGUUGGUCAAGUGAGCAGAAAAAUCAGAUUUCUUCGACAAAAUCCAGUCCUAAAAUCAGAGAUCAAGAGAAUAGUUUCUUAGUUCCUCACAGUUACACUGCUAGUUAUGUGAGUUUUCUGAAUCAGAGUUCUGUUCAAGAAGGUUCAGAGUGGUUGCACAGCAACCACUCUCCUCCUCGAGUGCCUCACCAGCACUUACCUGAUAUCGUUACUGAGGAAAGGAGUAUAAUCCGGGCGAUGCUGUCUAAGAGUGAGAGUUUGCGCAAAGCCAAGAAUUAUAGCAGAGCAACCUCCAAAUAUCAUAAAUUUUAAAGAAUUUUU